AUGGGCAAAAAGUAAAAACAGUGAUGCGAGAUAACUUGCCGAGCAAGUCAGAAGAAUAUGUAUAGGUCGACCGUCGUCCUUCUGCAUGCGAAGAGUACAGUGUUCGAGGUAACGUGGAAUAAAUAAGCCGUACUGAAAGGGUCACAUACAUCCUUCUGCACGAAGCUACGUGGAGAUUUCCUGAACUAAUGUUUCACUUGUAUGGGGGAUGGGAGCUCUAGAUCGACCCUUGUCCUUCGCACGCUUAUUGCAGAUUACUGGAAGAGCUCCUCACUGUCAUGGACUUUGUCCCAAAUCUUUGCCUCUCCUAUCUGGCCUAAAGCGUCGUCAGAGAACUACAUGAGCAUGGGGAUUAAGUUUCUUUUGCUUGCAAUCUGUAUAUGGUCUUUGCCAGACUCCUUGGUUUCUACAAAUUCCUCUGAUGGGCUGUUUAGAAUUGCUCUAAAGAAGCGUUCUUUAGACCUUAAGGAUAUAAAUGCUGCAAGAAUCACCAGUCGAGAGGAUCUUCUUCGAAGAGAUCUUGGUCAUUAUAAUAGUAAUUUCAAUGAUCUGGAAGCAAAUAUAGUAUAUCUAAAGAAUUAUUUUGAUACUCAAUAUUAUGGAGAGAUUGGCAUUGGUACUCCCUGGCAAAGUUUUACUGUUGUCUUUGAUACUGGCAGCUCCCAUCUUUGGGUUCCCUCUUCAAAAUGCAUUUUUUCUAUCGCUUGCUAUCUCCAUUCUAAGUACAGGGCCAGGCUUUCCAGUACCUAUACUAAGAUUGGAAAACAUUGCAAAAUCCCCUAUGGGUCUGGAUAUAUUUCUGGCUUCUUCAGCCAAGAUGAUGUCAGAGUUGGGGACUUACUCGUUAGAAAUCAAGUAUUCUCUGAGGUUACUGGGGAAGGCUUUUUCACAUUCUUAGGCACUGAGUUUGAUGGAAUACUUGGCCUUGGGUUUCGGGAAAUGGCUGUUGGGCUAGUAACACCAGUGUGGUAUAAUAUGUUUGAACAACAUCGCAUAAGCCAGAAAAUGUUCUCUUUUUGGCUUAAUCGAGAUCCAACAUCAAGAUUGGGAGGUGAGGUUGUCUUUGGAGGUCUUGAUUGGAGGCACUUUAGGGGUGACCAUACUUAUGUCCCUUUGACUCGCAACGAUUACUGGCAGAUUGAGAUGGGGGACAUCCUUAUUGAAAAUGAGUCAACAGGAUUAUGCAAGUACGGGUGUGCCGCCAUUAUUGAUUCAGGAACAUCGCUACUUGCUGGUCCAACUGCUGUUGUUGCUCAAAUCAACCAUGCCAUUGGAGCAGCAGGAUUCAUAAACAUGGAGUGUAAAAGUGUUGCUCUCAAGUAUGGGAAUAUGAUAUGGGAAUACCUAAUAGAAGGGAUACGGCCUGAGAUAAUCUGUGUGGAUCUUGGGCUCUGUAUAUACAAUGAGACUCGUCGUGUAAGCCCGAACAUUGCAUCAAUGGUUCAAAAUCAAACUCAGGAGGGGUCAUCCGUUGGUGAGAGUGCUUUCUGUACUUUCUGUGAGAUGAUUGUCUUCUGGGUUCAAGUACAGCUUAAACAACAGAAAGCACAGGAAAAGGUGUAUAAAUAUGUAGAUGAGCUGUGUGAGAUGCUCCCAAAUCCUUUGGGAAAGUCGUUUAUCAACUGCGAUAAGAUGGCAGCCAUGCCAUACAUUUCAUUAACAAUUGGAAACAAAUCCUUCCCCCUCUCUCCAGAGCAGUACACGCUUGUAGUUGAAGAAGGCCAUACCACUGUCUGCCUGAGCGGCUUUGUGCCCUUGGAUGUGCCUACCCCUCAAGGUCCUCUAUGGGUUCUUGGAGACAUUUUCUUGGCAGCAUACCACACAGUGUUUGAUUUUGCUAAUAUGCGGGUGGGAUUUGCAAAAGCUGCAUAGGAUUUUACGUUUGGUAUUAAAGUGAAGCCAGGCAAUGGUAAAAAGCGAUUGUAGAAGGUGUACUGUAUAUGACUCGUUCAAAUAGGUAUACAUACCCUUUUGACUUCCAAUGCAUUAGGGCUUUGUGUAAAUUAGUUAAUUGUUAUGUUUAUGAAUAAACGUGUCACAACUCAGCUUACGGUCA